UAAAGAAAAGAAAAAUGUCAACGACAGGGCGGGAAUGAAUAUCACCCAUAAAAAAAAAUAUUUGCCGGCCCCAAACUGGGGUCCUCCCCUCCUUCCACCUCUUGGUGGCUUAUUAUCUCUCUCCCAGCAGCAACAGCAGCAGCAUCUCAACCCAUAAAAAAAUCCAAUUAUAAAUAAAAAAUAAAAAAUGGCCUUUAGUAACCCAUAUACACGCUCCGUGCUAAGUGCUUUAGCAUGGGUUCCUGUUGCCAUCUUUUUCGUAGACCAUGGCUAUAGUUACGCCGUCAUUAGCGGUCGUUCUAUGCAGCCAACAUUCAAUCCAGACUCCAACCUCAUGGAAAAAGACAUUGUCUUGUUAAACAAGUGGUCUACCACAGACCAUAAAUUCGAUAGAGGCCAAGUCGUCACUUUAAAAUCACCCAUCGAUCCCAAAGUCACCAUCACAAAACGUAUUCUUGCAUUACCGGGAGAUACCGUACAACCCCUUCGAAAAGACGAGAUUGUCCCCAUUCCUGCAGGUCAUGCUUGGGUAGAAGGCGAUGAGGCCUUUCAUUCGAGAGACAGUAACUCCUUUGGCACCGUUCCUAUUGGCUUGAUCAAUGCUAAAGUCACCUACAUUUUAUGGCCACCCAGUAGAUUUGGACCCGUUGAAAAGAAACCUGUCAAUAAGGACAGGGUUCAAACCAAUGUCUAUCAUCCUGGGCGUGAUGAAUAAUUCUCUCUCCCCACACCCUUUUUUUUUUGCAUAUAUGUAUGUAAUAAUAAACGGGAUUUCAAAAAAAAAAAAAAAAAAGGGUGUGUGGUUACUAUAGAAACGGGAUCUGUCAUAAAAUUAAGCCUGUCUUUAUAAGGACUUCCGUGAUAGAGUUUUUCUCAUAUUGAAGGGUGUCAUAAACCGCCAAGUUAAUCAUGGAGUGAAAAAUUUUUCUUUCUGUGCACAACUUGGUUAAGGAAUCUUUUAAUAUUUAGAAAAACAACUCCAAAGGACCAAAUAGCUCACCUUACUUAGGGGGAGAGGUUUUACAAACAGUCUUAUUUUAAAGUUGCAAUGAACUGUUAAACUUUCCCUCCCUCCCUCUCAAAAGGACAUUUUAUCAUUAAAAAUUUAAAUACAAAGAUUUGUUCUCAUAUAAUGAAAUA